AUGCCUUUGCGCGGGCCCCUUCGACGGCCUGCGCUUGCGCUUCCUCCUUCUGCGCUUCCCUCCUCCAACAAUGUCAUCACAAAAACACCCCUCCGGAUAUCACCAUUACCGCGCUCGGUAGCGGUACGGCAGCGUAGAGGCCAUGCGACACACUUGCCCGUACCAGACACACGGCCAAAAACGGCCAUCUUCUUUCCAGGCCAAGGCGUCCAAAGAGUCGGCAUGCUCACCCCCUGGCUAGAAGCCUUUCCCUCGACAACUUCGGAAAUCAUCGACGAAAUCGACUCGGUAGUGGGCUACAAGCUCUCGGACGUGAUACAAAAUGGGCCCGGCAAGGACCUCAACCUGUCGCCGAACGCACAGCCAGCCAUCAUGGCCACCUCGAUAAUGAUCAUUCGCAUUCUCGAAAAGCACUUCAACUUUAGGGUCGAAGACAACGCCCACUUUACCCUCGGUCACUCGCUCGGCGAGUUCGCUGCGCUUGUCGCGGGCGGUUAUAUCCAGUUCCAGGACAGUCUGCGCAUGGUGCAAAAGCGAGCGGAAGCCAUGUCCAACGCCACGCGGCAGGCCGAGGAGAUGUAUGGCGGAGAGUACGGCAUGGUGGCACUCGUCAGUAGCAAGGCCGAGCACCUGCCACCCCUGAUUGCCGCGAUCCACGAGUUCGUCGGCUACGACAGCGCCGGCUCGAAAGUCGAGAGCGCCGACGACUGGAGCCCCAUCGAUCAAGUGCUUAUUGCCAACGUCAACAGCAAGACGCAGAUCGUGCUCAGCGGAAGCAUUUCGCGCAUCAAGACUCUGGUGGAACAUGUGCGCCAGUUCCUGGGACACGACCCACGCGCCGUCAGGCUCAAGAGCGACAGUCCGUUUCACAGCCCCAUCAUGAAGCCGGCCGUCGGGGUGCUGCAGCAAAUGAUGGCGGGAAAUAGCAUGGUUAAGGGCAGGGAGAACGAGGAUAUCGUCACGUUUCCCGGCAAGGUUACGUGCAUUAGCAAUGUGACGGCUAGGCCUUUUGAAAGUAGGGAGCAACUCAAGGACCUUUUGGCUCGGCAGUCGGUUGAGACUGUACAGUGGUGGGACAGCAUCAAGUACCUGGAUCAGUCCAUGAAGGUCAGGAGAUGGGUCGGUAUCGGGCCGGGGUACGUGGGCCGGAACUUGGUGGGUAAGGAGGUCGGCAUGCGCGGGAAGGAUGUCGUUAAAGGCGGCGGCGUCUGGGCAAUUACCGAUCCGAAGGAGAUUGAGGAGGUGCUGAGGGGGUUGGAAGAGACGGACUUUUACGAGGAUGAUGAGUGGCAGGAUGCAUGGGAUAGGUGGGAUUGA